AUGGGGGAGAGAGUUCCAGAGGCGGGCGGCAGAACGACUGAUGGUAGUCAAGCAGGCAGAUGUUCCCUUCACAUCACAUUGGGACUUUGUGGGGUGGUGGGGAAGGCCUAUUCCCCCACCUUGAUCAGGCCCGACACCCCACAGAUCCCCCCGACACUAUCCAUGGAAAAACAAGGAGCCAUGAGUACACCAGGCAAAGUCAGCGGGCUCAAACCCCCGAGCAAAAUAGUCCGACCGUCUGGGUAUGCAAUGGAGAUGGAGGCAAAGUUGGACCAGCUGCGUUCACUGGUGGAGGCAGCAGAUCGAGAGAAAGUGGAGCUGCUCAACCAGCUGGAGGAGGAGAAGAGAAAAGUGGAAGAUCUGCAGUUCAGUGUGGAGGAGGCCUGCAUCACCAGAGGAGACCUGGAGACGCAGACCAGACUGGAGCAUGCCCACAUAAAGGAGCUUGAGCAGAGCCUGCUCUUUGAAAAGACCAAAGCUGAAAAACUCCAGAGGGAUUUAGAGGACACUAGG